CUAACCAAUAGUCCUAUGUCACCUGGCUAAUAUCUCCCUGUGUGUGUUUGCCUGCGUGUGUGCUAUCUCGCUAUGAGGCUAUCUCGUUGUACAAGGCUAGUGUUCCACGGUGGAUUGACUCACUGAUUCUGGUGUUAUUUAUAACUGAUUAUUUAUUUAUUGUACAAACAUGAUUUGCAGUGUAAGCAAAAAGACAAUCUAACUAACUAAAAAUAUAUACAUGUAUGCAUUUCCGAUGUAAUGGCUUCUAAGUUAUAAAAGGAACCAUAACUAUGAUGAUAACCUAAGUGCGAGAUGCUUUUUAAGUCAGCACACCAAUCAUUACCUCAAUCACAUGCACUCUCCGUAUCAUUGUAUUUUAUUUUACAAACGGUAGCAUAGCUACGGGGCCAGUCCGCACUGUACUCGUGUGUCAAACGGCCGACAGAGUACGUACGUAGCUACACACAUCCAGAGGUACUGAACGGCUAGUCGCUUUCUAAACGCGUUACUCGCCAUAAGAGCAGACAGAGAAGAGGAUACCCACUGACGUUUGAGGCACCGUCUUCUAACAUUCACAUCUGGUUUAUAAAUGAAAAAUGUUCAACCGACAGCAGAGAUGACGACAGACGUGCAAUGGGUUUGGAUCCGUGCCAUUGAUUGGGCGAUAUGGGUCACCACGAUAACAUGAGGACACUUAGAUAAAGUCGUCGCCAUUUCUUAUCAAGUCACUGGGAGGAAACUAUCUUACUGCUCCGUAUUACGGUAUAUAAGUAUUUCAGAAUACAAGUAAGCCAAAUGAUGACUUCAUCUUCCUAUAAUGGUUCAGUCUGAUUCGGACACGUCGAGGUUUGAGGAUGGGAUACUAAAUAAUGAUGAGAAAACAGGAGAGACAUCGGACGAUGAUAGUAUCAUUGAGCCACCGGACGGUGGAUGGGGAUGGCUCGUUGUACUGGGCGCUUUCAUUAUCAAUGUGAUUACCGACGGUUGCUCCUACUCGUUUGGAGUACUCUUUACAAAUCUAAUCGAGUAUUUCCACGAAAGCAGAAGUAAAACUGCGUGGAUCGGAUCAGUUUUCUGUGCAGUGCCUCUCCUGUGUGGUCCUAUAGCAAGUUUUGUGACUAACAAAAUUGGUUAUAGAAAGGCAACAAUACUUGGAGGGGUAAUAACAAGUGCCGGUUUUGUUUUAAGUUAUUUCGUUAAUUCAAUUGAAUCUCUAUGCAUAACAUAUGGCGCCAUUGCGGGUCUCGGUAUAUCUCUUCCAUAUCUUAAUUCGAUUGUCGUGGUGGCCGAAUACUUUGAAAAGAAACGUGCACUUGUGACAGGACUAUCGGAAUGUGGUGCUGGUAUAGGAACAUUGCUAUUUGCACCGAUUCUGGAGCGUUUGAUCUCCGAGUAUGGGUGGAGGGGAGCCGUUCUCAUAAUGGGUGGAGUAGCUGGCAAUAUUGUGGUGUGUGGAGCACUCUUCAGACCUUUACGUGUAAAAUCUAAGUUUGUAGACUCCGGUCAAUGUACAACACCAAAUAGUCGCGAACCUUUCAUUGCUGAACAGCCACUCACGAGAAACUCCAAUAGCACAUCAAUAGAUCUAGAGUUAGAGACAUUAAGGGCGACUGAGAAUGAAAUUCCCAAAAGUAGCGACUUGUCUUCAGAUUCAGCCUCGAACAGUUCAUAUGAAAGGGAGUCGUCUUAUGACUUUUGCAGGACAAGUCAACUUUCAAUAAACUUUGUAAACGUUCCCGAUCACCCGUCUUUAAUAGGAGGAAGCAUUGCAUCCCUACCACAAAUAAUACGCGCAUCCAAAAGUUGUCCUGAGGUCAGCAAAAACAUAAAAAUGAAGUACCAAAGCGAGUCACAGUUUACCUGUCCUAAAUCUGUCAUCGAUUUAAGUGUUUUAGGAAACCCAGUUUUUCUGGUAUUUACGCUUUCCAAUUUCAUUUUGUAUUUCUGGUAUGACGUUCCUUACGUGUUUACGGUGGAUAGGGCCAAAGAAAUGGGUAUUAAUGAGAGAGAUGCUUCGUUAAUGGUGGCGAUCAUUGGUAUCCUACACACCAUAGGCAAUAUACUGUACGGGUACCUCGGCGACAAGGAAUGGAUGAACAGAGCGUAUUUAUACUGUGUUUCAAUGAUUCUUUGUGGUGCUUCUUUGUCAUUAGUUCCUGUAUUUACAACCUUUAUUCCAUCAACUAUCCUUGCUGGCAUAUUUGGGUUGCUGUCCGCUGCUGCAGAAGCCCUCUGCUCGGUUAUUAUCGUCGAUAUACUUGGAAUAGACAAACUGACAGAUGCGUUUGGCAUAAUGAUGUUUCUUCAGGGAACAGCAAAUCUUAUGGGACCACCGUUUGCAGGUUGGCUGUAUGAUAUCCACGGGACCUAUAACGAGACGUUCUGGUCGGCCGGCAGCUGCAUCAUCGUCGCUGGUUGUGUUUACCUUGUUGUUCCACUUUGGAAGCGUUGUAAAAAGUCGAAAUCGUUCUUAUGUAUGUGAACAGAAAUCGUUCUUAUGUAUGUGAACAGAAAUCAAGUAUAUUUUGUAAUCGAUAUCUUGCCUAUCUCUAUUUAGAUAUUAAUAUAUUACAGGUGAAUUUCAUAUCAAUUUCUAUUGUUUGUUUUAGGUGAAAUAUACUUCAGAUUGUUUAAGAUGUACUUGAAAAUAUAUUUUGGCUAUAAUAAAAUAAACAUAACCCAUAUUAAAAUUCCGAUGCUAAUGACACAUGUGAUAUACUGCUGUUUUAACACUGAUGAUAAACUUCUAGAUGGUGUAUUUGUCAUCUGCUUCAAAUAGUGUGAUAGAUAUAUUUGUUGCAUUUUAACCGGUAAAAUAUUUGGAAUUAUCAAUUCGAUGGGAAAUUAUUUCUGCACUGCUGUUAGGAUAUACUAAAUGUUCUAUCUUCACAUAGGAUGAUACAAGGUUCUUCGUCGAUUUUAUACUGUCUAACGGAAUAUUCGAUAAACUGCAUUCAAUUCCAUAGAUACAUUGUAAGUGGUUGUUUUCAUACAUCUCUUUGGUAUCAUUUUUGUAGGCAAAACGCACCCUAUAAUAGCAGAAAAACUAUAGAAGUACAUUGAGUAGCCAAUUCAAAAUGGCGCAGUCUGGACCAGUUUAUUUGCCUUGGUACCCUUUCUCUCAACUAGGCUGCGCUUUUUGUUAAUGAUACAGGCCAGGACCGCCAUCGUUGUCAGAAUCCUGACCAAACGAGCGCAGAGUUUUAUUUGAUCAUUAAAUCGUUGGUUUGAUCUUCCAUGUUGUUAACAUGGGAGGUGGUACAUCAUUGGUGUUCAACAACAGGCAUUCAGCACGGUUUACCUAAUGGAAGCAUGCGAGGUUGAAAAUUACGGGCACUUCGAUCGCCAAUUUGACACAAGCAUUUUUGACUAAUAUCCGUUAUGAUCACAAAAUCAAUGUAGUGCAGAAGUAAUCUGUUCACGGUGAAUUAGAUAGGACCGAUCGCAAGAAAUAGAAUGUAGAAAGGAAAGGAAUAUCCCUUUUUGUAGAUGUAAAUGUUGUUGUCCUUUUUAAUUUGUAAUCACACUGUCUGGUACUGUCCGUCAGUUUAUCUUGCUUGUUCUCGCAAUUAGUUCAUUUUUUUCUGAAAUUCCGUAUGUGUGAUGAGGUUUGGUUUGGUUUAAUUGUGCUC